AUGAAGGCUUACACCGAUCCCGGACUUUCCGUAUCUGCGACAUCAGUCAAUAUGAACCAGAGGGUCUGGGUGGAGUUGAAGACCACAGGAUUGGAUGAGAAGUUGGUCGCCAUGGUGAUCGACUCCUGCUGGGCAACCAAAGACGCCAAGCCAGAUUCAAGCCCGAAAUACUACCUGAUCUCCAAAAGGUGAGGCGGGUGCAGCGUUGCGGCUCCACAGACAGUUUGUAAAAGGGUUUCUGGGUUUCUGAUGCGGUACGUUUUUGUUCCUCUCUGAGAGCAGCUGUGCCAAAGACAACACGGUGGUAAUGGACGGAAACGGCAAAGGAACUUCCAACUCCUUCUCCUUCACCACCUUCCAGUUCUCGAAGAGCGUCGGCGAUGUCUACCUGCACUGCCAGGUCAAGCUGUGCGGUUUAAAGAAGGACAAGACCUGUGUGCCGGUACUGCUUCAGACACACACACACACUUUAACACACACCUUCACACACCCCAAGGUCAGGGGUCCUUCAUUUACACCUGUAGGGAGGUGAAAGGGCACGAUCAACAAGGCGACCUCUGGAAGUCAAGAGGUCUCUGUGUCCCAGAAGGAGAGUUCUGAGAGUUCGGGGACCCGGGAAAACUCACACCUGCCCACAUCUAAAGACACGUGUUGAGAGAUUUUAGCCACGAGUCACUGUCCGACGAAAAAUAUACAAAGACUGUGAAUCUUUCCGGGUUCCUCGUCACAAGACUACGACCGGAUUCUGACGGUUCGGUGUUUCCAGCAGGUGUGGAAUCUAUCUGUGAUUCGGGGGGGCAGCUGUGUGAUCACAUACGACAACUCAGAUCUCGCUAACGCUAAUACUCGGCCCGAGCGCCCCGCGGUGCAGCCUGUGUGCGCCGCAUAUAGAACAUACUGAGUCCAAAGUAGCGCGUAAAAAAACGUUAUUGUUGAGGCGUGGCGGCUUUUAUUUACACGUCGGCGAAACUCUGCAGCUGAUGUGGAACAGCUGACCUGCCCACAGCUCCACUAUCCGCUGGUUGUGUUACGUCACUGCGACUUGCGAUAAUAUCGAGCAUGUUUGAUAUUACCUUAAACUUAAUGAUCGGGAUGACGGGAGCGCUGUGACUCCGCUGUGACUCCAGUAAGACUCAGGCGCUCCGGUUUCUAGUCUGGGACUGUGAACACCGUUUGGUGGAAGCCCAGCGUCAGGCGUAAGCAGGACCCACAAUCAGACCACAGCAGACUCAGACUGAGUGAAUGAAUGAAUAUUUGAUUCAACCGUCCAAAAAGAAAACGAAACACUGACUGAUAAAAACAUGAAUGUAGGAACAGAAAAAAAAAAACAAAGUAAAAUAAACGAAGAGGUCACAAAACCUCGCAGGUCGUCUCAGGGUGUGACCAACAGGGAGGCUGAUGAACUGAGAAGGUUAUCGAGCCGCUGAGGGGAGUGGCUCUGAUGAGCUGAUGACUGACAGGUGUGCAGAUGGUACAGGUGAGGUGAUUGGAGGAGGCGGCCAGCCCACAGUGACGAGGACGGGGGAAAACACGCAGAUGACGCAAACCCAGAAAAGGGGGAGGGGCAACAUAAGAGAAUCAAGGGGCGGAUCCCAACAUUUGGUUAUGAGUUCAGUUAUUAUGUUGUCUGAUAAAAAACAACUUUAGACGUUUGAAUCAUUUAUUUAAAGGAAGAAAACGGACUGACGUCAUCAUCUAACACCUUUAUUCCUCCAGUUCAAGCCUCUCGAACCGUAACUCAUCCACUUCCAUAUUAAUUAUGACGACCUUAUUCUUUAAUGAAUUUUGUAGUUUUCAUGACAAAAGAAUGAAAGUUUUUGACAUCAUAAUAAACAUAAAAACUUUGGUCUUAUAUAAACGAUAAUAAAAUCCUUCAAACACGUUAAAAUAAAAACAAUCAAGAAAUUAAAGUCCGUUUUUGUUAAAGUGGUAAAAUGAGAGAUGAUCCGUACAUCCGUCUCCGGCGGGUUCUGCUGGUUCUGCUGGGUCUUACAGGCUGGUCCUUCAGCCGGGCUGGGGGUCCAGCCUUCGUAAUUCUGGACACUGAGUUCAUGUUUUUACCCCCCAGGACUGUACCAAGGGCGGACGAAAACGCCGAUCUCCCAACUUCCUGUUUGAAGACAACGCCCCGGCCUUGGUCACCAUGGUCUGGACCAGUUAGGUAAGACGCAGCGCCCCCACAGAGGUCUGAGUCAGGGUACGAGUCUGAAGAACAAGUCCAACCGUGUUUCUCCUGUGGUCUUUGCAGGUCUUCUCCACACUGACUCGGACUGACCGACAGGCUCACCAUCAACACACUGAUUCCCGACCUUGGCUCAGUCUGGGUCCACGGUGUGGGUUCAGAUCCUGUGGUUUGGACCCGUCACUGGGACCCUCAAAGACUAGAGACCUCUCCUCUGUUUUUUUCUGUGUUUUAAGGGAAACUCGUCCUCAUGAACGUCAGCUGUCGGGUGUUUGAGAGCAUUUACGGUCGUACCUCUGCUCUCCAUGAAUCCAGAACCUGGUGGUACUGGAUGAUAGGGAACUGGUUCCAGCUAGAGAAGAAGCAGCUGUUGGCGCUCUGA